AUGGGCAGCUCCGGGCGCGCCGGCAGGCCACUGUAUUCACUGCAGGCCACCAACUCGAUAUACAGUGGCCAGAGGCCCCCCGCGAUAAACUCUUUCGGCAGCCGCCGGCAGCACGGCACAGCACAGGCUCUCAGGCACAGCUGGGCAUUUCACCUAUUAAGAGACCACAGGGCAUUUUUGUGGGAGAAGCCGCACAAAUGCCAGGUGUGCGGCAAGGCGUUCAGUCAGUCCUCGAACCUCAUCACCCACAGCCGCAAGCACACCGGUUUCAAGCCGUUCGCCUGCGACCUGUGCGGGCGCGCCUUCCAGCGAAAGGUGGACCUCCGCCGCCACAAGGAGACGCAGCACACGGAGCUGAGGCCGGUGGCGUAG